CUCAUUUUUUUUAUUAUAUAGCCGCACUUCGAGACAGACAAUGGGAUACACCAUCUAUACCUAGUUCCAAAGAAACUUUUAAAAUGUUAUAGAAGAUUAGUUAGUGGAGGGAGGGAAGAACAACUCAUCACUUUAAGUUGCUCAUAAAGAAGACUGCUUUCAUGAUAUUUUCUCCUACCACGCCUACCUUUGUUUGAAGUUUAGACUUCCACUUGCAUUUGCAGCUUCUUAUUAUUGUUAUCCAAGUUCCUUUAUUCGCAUUCCGAGCUUAUUGUUUUGGUGGGUGUAUAUAAAGUAAGGUGGAGGAGUGAUACAUAAAAUGGAGGAGAGAGGAGAAACAGAACUGAUAUCUAUACCGGCGACACCGAGAGUGUCGACGCCGGAGAUACUAACACCGUCGGGGCAGAGGUCACCAAGAGCAGCAUCAAAGGAAGGAAAAUCAUGGACCCCAACCUCGUUCAUAUCACCAAGGUUUCUGAGUCCAAUAGGGACACCAAUGAAGAGAGUGCUGAUAAACAUGAAGGGUUACUUGGAGGAGGUUGGACAUCUUACCAAACUCAACCCCCAAGAUGCUUGGCUUCCCAUCACUGAGUCUCGCAAUGGAAAUGCUCACUACGCUGCAUUCCACAACCUCAACGCUGGUGUUGGCUUCCAGGCUCUCGUUUUGCCCGUUGCUUUUGCGUAUCUUGGCUGGAGUUGGGGAAUUCUUUCCUUAACCAUAGCAUAUUGUUGGCAACUUUACACGUUAUGGAUUUUGGUUCAGCUGCAUGAAGCAGUUCCAGGUAAAAGAUACAACAGAUACGUGGAGCUAGCACAAGCAGCAUUUGGGGAAAGAUUAGGAGUCUGGCUUGCUCUCUUCCCAACUGUUUAUUUGUCAGCAGGAACUGCAACAGCUUUGAUUCUUAUAGGAGGGGAGACCAUGAAACUGUUCUUCCAAAUAGUUUGUGGUCCCACUUGUACCUCAAACCCUUUAACCACAGUGGAGUGGUACUUGGUUUUCACUUCUCUAUCCAUUGUCCUGUCUCAGCUUCCUAACCUCAAUUCAAUUGCAGGCCUCUCACUCAUAGGGGCUGUGACAGCCAUAACUUACUCCACCAUGGUCUGGGUACUCUCUGUUAGCCAACAAAGGCCCCCCUCAAUCUCCUAUGAACCCCUAUCAUUGGCAUCAUCAUCUUCUCUGUUUCUUGCCUUGAAUGCACUUGGAAUUGUAGCCUUUUCUUUUAGAGGCCACAAUUUGGCCCUAGAAAUUCAGGCCACAAUGCCUUCAACUUUCAAGCACCCUGCUCGUGUGCCAAUGUGGAAAGGAGCCAAGGUUGCUUAUUUCUUCAUUGCAAUGUGCCUCUUCCCUAUUGCUAUUGGAGGAUUUUGGGCCUAUGGCAACCAAAUGCCUCCCGGGGGGAUUCUUACUGCUUUGUAUGCAUUUCACAGCCAUGACAUCUCUAGAGGAAUACUUGCCUUAGCUUUCCUUCUUGUUGUGUUCAACUGCUUGAGCAGUUUCCAGAUAUAUUCAAUGCCUGCUUUUGACAGUUUUGAAGCCGGUUACACGAGUAGGACAAACCGUCCCUGCUCCAUAUGGGUGAGAUCAGGUUUUCGAGUGUUCUAUGGAUUUGUCUCAUUCUUCAUAGGAGUGGCGCUUCCCUUCCUCUCAAGUCUUGCUGGUUUGUUAGGAGGACUCACUCUUCCAGUCACCUUUGCAUAUCCUUGCUUCAUGUGGGUUCUCAUAAAACAACCAACAAAAUAUAGCUUCAAUUGGUAUUUCAACUGGAUUCUGGGUUGGUUGGGGGUUGGUUUUAGCUUGGCCUUUUCCAUUGGAGGUAUUUGGAGCAUUGUGAAUGAUGGACUCAAACUCAAGUUCUUCAAGCCCAAUUGAUUUUUUAAUAACAGCUAAUAAGCCAUGCAAAUGCACAUGCACUAUAUAAAUGCUGCUCUUUAGGCCUUUUCCAAUGGUCUCAUAUUUAGUGCAUGACUUAUCUUUCGUGGAAGGUUUGGUUCUAUUGUGAGAAGUAAUGGUUAGUGGAAAGCCAUGCAUUAUUAAUGAAGAGAAUGAUCCUUUCCUUGAUAGUGAAGUUUAAAGAAUAUCUCUCCAUGGCUUCACCAUUCCUCUGAUGUGGUUCUCUUAUCUCUUAGUGCUGCUAUAGCUUGUUAUAUUUAGAAUAUUAAAUGGUUUGCUCUUAUUCAUUUUUGUAGAGACAUCCAGAACAACCCUCUGCCCCCAACUAAAAUCCUCAAGUCUUCAAGUUGUACGCUGUAACCCGUGUGGUUUCAAAAGUAAAAUGUUUAGAUCCUUUCUAUCUUCUUUACCUUUGUACUGAUGACUAUUAAUUUUGGUUAAUGAGAGAAGCAGAUAAAUCUUCAAUCUA